AUGGCGGCGCCCAGGGUGUUAAAGGUUCGAACUAUCGACCUGCAACGGGUGCAAAACCAGACUCGCCACAGAACUGAGGGUCUGAGUUCCAGCACUCUGGUUCUUCGGAGAGGACAGGCCUUUACAAUGACCGUCAACUAUGAUGGACGACCAUUCGAUCCACUGAAGGAACAACUGAUCUUCCGAAUUGUUUCAGGCCCAUUGUUUGUGGAGGCUCCGGUCUCUGUGUCCAGACAACCCUCUCUGACCCAGUGGACAGCGGUUCUGGAGAAGUGCAUACUGAACCCAACUGGACACCGUGCAUUGUCAGUAUCACUGUCCAGUCCUGCGUCUGCUCCUAUUGGUGCCUACACACUUCAGCUGAGAGGGCAAACCCGCUUGAGUGUGACAACAUACUUUCUUGGCCAGGUCACGCUCCUCUGCAACCCCUGGUGCCCAGCUGAUUCAGUGUUCCUGCAGUCUGAGGAUUUGAGGACUGAAUAUGUCAUGAGUGAUAUUGGCCUGCUGUUUAAAGGCAGCCCCGGGAACAUCGUCUCCAGACCCUGGUCAUUUGAUCAGUAUGAAAAAGGGAUACUGGACAUCUGUAUGAAAUUGCUGCAGGAGAGUCCUCAACAUCAAGCAGAUAUGGGUAAAGAUCUACUGAACCGCAGCAGUCCAGUGUACAUCAGCCGUGUGAUCUCAGCGAUGGUGAACUCUAAUGAUGAUAAAGGGGUAUUAAUGGGAAAGUGGUCAGGUGACUACAAAGAUGGUGUCAACCCUUCACAGUGGACCGGCAGUGCAGAUAUUCUCAGGAUGUGGGCAGAAACACAAUUUAGUCCUGUGAAAUAUGGACAGUGCUGGGUGUUUGCUGCUGUCAUGUGUACAGUAAUGAGAGCCCUUGGCAUUCCGACUCGAGUCGUCACCAACUUCAACUCCGCUCACGACACAGAUGGAAAUAUGGUGAUCGAGGAAUAUUACAAUGAGAAGGGGGAAAAACUGUCCAUGAGCAGGGAUAGCAUCUGGAACUUCCAUGUGUGGGUGGAGAGUUGGAUGAAGAGGCCUGAUUUGGGUCGAGGUUAUGACGGAUGGCAGGUUCUCGACCCCACGCCACAAGAGAGGAGCGCAGGAAUGUUUCGCUGUGGUCCUGCUGCUGUUAAAGCCAUUUAUGAGCAGAGGGUGGAUGCUCAAUACGACGUGCCAUUCGUUUACGCAGAAGUGAAUGCAGAUGUGUGUACAAUGAUCAUCAGAAACGGGAUGGUAUUAUCAACCAGCAUUGAUAAACGCAGAGUUGGAGCUCUGAUCUCCACCAAACGUCCAGGAUCCAUGAGUAUGCAGAACAUCACGUCUGAAUACAAAACUGAGGACGAUGGAGACACAUGUCGUGGAUCAUUGGCUGAUGUUGCAGGAAGAAGCGUUAUUUGCCAUUCUCAACGUCAAAGUGCUAUAUUCAUGGAUUCUAAGGGUGUUGAAGUUUCUCUCCAGCUUCUGAAAGCCCCUGUAGUGGGAGAAAACAUUUCUUUUAAUGUCAUAAUCACUAACACUGAGGCUGCUCAGAAACUGCUGAAAAAACAUGUGAACGCUCAGAACAAGGAGUAUAACCGCAAUCCCACUGGAAGCUUCUGGGAGUCUCAUGAUGACGUGAAGAUUGGCCCGAAAGAAACUGUGACUAUGAAACAUGAGAUCUUCUUCAAGGAGUACAUGCUGAAGGAGACUGAGGAGGAUUCUCUGGUUAACCUGGCUGUGGUUAUUGAGGAUGUGAAGACUCAAGAGAGAGUGCUGGCUUCAGAAGAGUUCAACAUCCGCACCCCUUCCCUCAAUAUUCAGAUUCAGAAUGAGGUCUCGGUCAUCAUUAACACACCACAAGUGGCCACGGUGAUCUUCACAAACCCGUUCAGCUUUGCAGUGAGAGGAGAACUGACCGUAUCUGGUUCAGGACUCUUGGAGGAGAAGGCUCAAAUGAGGAUUACAAUCCAACCCCGAGAAACCACAAAGAAGCCAGUCAGUUUCACUCCCAGGAUGGCGGGGGCCAAGAUGCUUUCUGCUAAUUUAGUGUUGGAGAAUCCUCCCACCAUCCUGCACGGAUUCAAGACCAUCAAUGUUCAAGCAUCUUAAGAGUCACGCACCUUUAGAAAUGAUUGUGAACCCUCAUGGAGUGCUGCACUAGUGGUUGAAACACAUUUAGAAUUAAUUGCUUUCUAAUCCUUUUUUAUUUAUGUCACUGUGAAAUCUGACUUGAUUCACUGACUUGUUUUCAAGAUUAUUUAGGCACGAGCCUGAAAAUAAAGC